AUGUCGACCGUGUCUCUACUAGACUUCUCCGUCGAACUUUUAUUCGAAAUUUUUGAUAAUUUGGAUACUCAAACGAUUCUCAAAACACUUCGUCCUAUCUGCACUAAACUAUAUGAAGCAGCCAAAGCAUACCAUCGAUAUAAAGUUAUUCUUUCUACAUCGAACAUAUCCUAUAUGGCACUUGUCAAACACGUGAUUAAACCAGAAAACGUUACAUCGCUAUCAUUGAUUGACAGUAAUAGGAUGCAAUCAGAUUCAUCAAUGUCGUUUAGCAAUUUAUUUCAAGUCGAUACUUUUAUUCGUCUUCAAGAAUUACGGUUGGAUUGGAUAUCAAACGAAUUACUGAUUGAAUUCAUUCAUCAUACGGUUCCUAGAUUGAAAUAUCUAUCGAUAUCAUUUUGUAAGGAAAGUAAUGUAACAAAUGAUGUAAUCUUAGGUUAUCUAUCGUUGGCCGUUACACAAUCGAAUCUUCGAAAUAUUCAUUUCGACAUUUCAAAAAUGAGCAAUACGUUUGUCUUGGAAAAGCAGCAUCUUGUUACAACGUUUCUACGACAUUUAACAGUGGAUACAAUUGUAUUUUCUCGAUAUAUUACUAUUUUAAGCAAUUGUACUCAUCUACAACAACUUACAAUGAACAAUUGUGACGUAGAAAGUCAUAAUAUGAAUAUGAUGUCAACUUUCAGCAUCAGUCAUCAACAAUUGCUCUUUUUGACGAUAAAUGAAUGUUCGUUGUCGAACAUGAUGUUGCAUUUUCUUCUGUCAUUUACACCGUCAUUAAAUCAUCUUACCAUAAUAUCAAAGAGGCAGGAUGCGAUUGAGUCCAGACUGAGCCAUCACACUUGGGAGCCAUUUAUUCAGAACCGGCUACUAAAUCUGACAAAAUUUCAGUUUUACUUCAGCCAUCGAGUUACUCAAAAGACCUCGUAUGAUUGCACUCUUCAUGGCUUGAUGCAACCAUUUGAAACGCCAUUUUGGCUUCUUGAGAAACAGUGGCUCGUUACAUGUGACUACAUCCUGGCAUUAUCCGAGCUUAAUAUUUAUACAAAACCAAUUGCUCCAAGGAAUGAGAAGCUAAUCAUCAGGUAUGAUACUUCACCAUCAAAUGGGACUUAUCGUCUGCUGACAAAAGAUUGUUCGAACAGUACAGAACAUACGUUUUUAGAAAAGGAAUUUACACUUGACAGUUGUACGGUGACAAAUGCAGCUGCACACAUACUUGAAGCUGCCUUCAAAAAUAAUACGACAUUAUCAACAGUUAAUCUUGGAAACAAUAAACUUGUUCAUGGCGCUAUGUUCCUGCUAAAUGCAAUUUUCAAUAUCAAGAACUUGCACACACUACGUAUUCGUUGUGAUCAAUUGUCAGCGCAGCACUUCGCCCACCUAGGCAGUUUACUGUCAAGGAAUACGUCACUGAUUCAUCUCAGCUUUCAUAAAAAUCAAAUUUCUUUUGAAGGACUAAGAUCAUUAAUUGUUGGAUUGGGAUUCAAUGAAACCUUAGAAACGCUGAUUUUUGAAGAUAUUGGAAUCGAUGGUUCACCGUCAAAUCAAUCACAACCGAAUGGGGCGAUAGAAGAUGAACUCGCACAAUAUGUCGCUAAAAUAUUGAACGUCAACAAGGCAAUGAAAACGUUAGUACUUCCAUGUGUUCGACAUAGUGCAGCUGGUAUUCAAAAUUUAAUGGAUGCAUUGAAAAUUAACACAACGUUAAAAUGCAUUAGUCUUGAUGCACAUGGAAUCGAUUCCCGAGGUGCAAAAUUUGUAGCAGAUGCAUUAGAAAAUAAUACGACGUUAUCAACAAUGAGCCUUGCGUUAAAUUCUAUUGGAUUCGAAGGUGCGAAAUAUAUAGCAAAUGCAUUAGAAAAAAACUCAGUAUUGAACACACUUAAUCUUCGAGCAAAUGAUAUCAAAUCAGAUGGAGCGAUGUACUUGUCACAUGCAUUGCGAAAAAAUUCUACACUGACAACGAUAAAUUUACGAGCUACCCAAAUUGGACCAUUGGGAAGUAAAUACAUAGGAGAGAUGCUCCAAGAAAAUAAGGGCUUGGUCGAAAUUAAUCUUGAGAACAAUGGAAUUGAAGAUGAAGGUAUCGAACACAUUGCCAACGCACUUUAUCACAAUGAGAUGUUGAGAAUGUUAAAUCUGUCCCAUAAUAAUAUUGGCGCAGUCGGGGCCAGGCUUCUUGCCAACGCUAUAAAGAGCAAUACAACAUUGACAUCAAUAGUUUUAACAAACAAUCCCAUUGGAAAAGAGGGCAAACAAGACUUAAUGAGUGCAAUGGAAGAUAGAAUUACAGUCAUAACGAUUGAUAUCGAUCCAAAAUACCAUUGA